GUUUUUUUAAAGAUGGAUGAAAUGAAUCACAUGCAGUUUCAGUUUGAUAAUGGAAGUCGCGUGGUCAGAGCUAUUUGGGAUUAUCAUCUCUCCCGUUUGGGCUUCAUCGGCGGCUCCGUGUUAGAACCAACCAGGGAUCCGUUUCGUUGACCCGAUAUACAUAUCCAAAUCCAGAUUCAUUUUCUAGUCUCUUCGAUUCUUCUUCCUUGAGAUCACUUUUCACAUAGAAAAAGUCAAACAAUGGGACUAUUCACCUACACUGUCGCCGGCGCCGCCUUAAUUCUCAUCGGCGGGUUGGAAUCACUCGCCUCCGCCGCCGUUUCUCUCAAAGAAAUCCCGCACCCGCCGAAUAUUCGUCGGCCUGCGCCGGCAACGACGUCGUUUCUUUCGACGGUAACGUUUCUGCUGAUCUCCAUUGUGUCGGUCCUUUUCAUCGUCAACUCUUUGAUGUCUCUGUCCGAUGCCGCUAGUUCCAAAGAUAGCAUGGGUUUCGUCUUACAGUUGGAAGUAAUCGCAAUCGCUUUGCUUUUUCUCUUAUAUUCUGGUUUAGGCAUUUUGUCGAGCAUCAUAGAGUCGUUUCGAUUUCCUUCAAAGUUACUCAAUGUAAUCUAUAUGUUCGCCUUUGGAGAGGAAUUCCUGUUGUUUUACACGCAAAAUAAGGAUCCCAGUGGAAUUGAAAAUCGCUAUUAUGACCUAAUUUUAGUGCCCAUUUCUGUGUGUCUAUUUUCCACCAUACUUGAAUUGAAGGGAUCGAAAUCGAAUUAUCCAAAGCUGGGCCGAGGUGUCGGGCUAGUCUUACAGGGGAUGUGGACUCUGCAAAUGGGAUUUUCGUUUUACUCCAAUUUGAUUGCUAAUGGGUGUGCUUUGCACGCUAGGAGUAGGGGGAAUUAUACCAUUAAGUGCAAAGGGCACCCUGAAUAUCAUCGUGGGCGUGCCAUUGCAACGCUGCAGUUUAACUGCCAUUUGGCUCUUCUGAUCACUAUAGCUGCUGGGGUAUACUCGUUGUUCUGUAAGACGUAUAGCAUUAAUCGGGAUUUUAUGCGGUAUAAGCCCCUUGGAGUUGGAGAUGGUGGGGAUAUGCAGCUGGAUAAUUCGCAGUUCACUUUGGAAUCGGAUGAUGAGGAUGACGAAACUGGGAUUCAGGAAGUGAGGAGUGUUGAAAUGCAGAAGACUGUUUUGGUGGUUCCUGAGUCCACAGUUAAUGCAUAGCCUCCCCAUCACUUCCUAAGGGCAUCAUGUGCUGUUUCAGCUUUACAUACUGACUUCGGAGCUAUACCGUGCAACCAUGCUCUGGUAGCUUUAUUGUGCUUGAUGCAUCUAAUUUUGUUAAAGAAGGUGCACCAUGCUCUGGUAGCUUUAUUGUGUUUGAUGCAUCUAAUUUUGUUAAAGAAGCUGGUUCGUUGGUAGAUUUUGUAACAAAAUCUGGGUUAUAUGUGUUGUUCCUUGUGGUCUUGCCAUGCGAAGAUGUGUUUUUGGUGGGAGUCCUAAAGAAAAAGUAUAACCAAAGCAAAAAAGAAAAAACAAUUAUGAA